AUGGGUGGAAUAUGCUCGAGGAGAUCCACCCAAGACAACAUAGAAAACGGAAGCUUUCCUCAUGUUAAUGGACUUAAUUAUGGUUCUGGAAUGGUUUAUCAAUCUCAAGGACCGCAACAAGCAAAUGAGGAAUCUAUCCCUUCCGGGGAAACCAUGGAUAACAAGAGGACUCUAAGAGAACCAUUUUCUUUUCCAGAAAUGAAUGCUGCUCCAUAUGCAAUGUCCGAUGCUGAUGAUGGGAUUCCUCGUCUUUCUAGGGCUCUAUCACAUAAAUCCAGAUCAACAAAGUCAAACACGACUGCAGCUACAAAGGUUUCAGAAGUGAGUUCACUUUUGGGUAAAGCUGGGACUGCUGGGCUUGGAAAGGCUGUAGAAGUGCUGGAUACACUUGGUAGCAGUAUGACAAGUUUACAUGUCAGCAGUGGUUUUGUGUCGGGGGCUGUAACAAAGGGAAAUAAAAUAACAAUAUUGUCAUUUGAGGUUGCCAAUACAAUUGUUAAAGGUGCCAAUCUUAUGCAAUCUCUUUCAAAGGACAACAUUAAACAUUUAAAGGAGGUAGUAUUGCCUUCAGAAGGCGUGCAACGUUUAAUAUCAAAAGACAUGGAUGAACUCCUCAUGAUUGCAGCAGCUGAUAAGAGGGAAGAACUAAAAAUCUUUUCUGGAGAAGUGGUUCGUUUUGGAAACCGAUGCAAAGAUCCUCAAUGGCACAAUUUGGACCGAUAUUUUGAAAAAUUGGGAUCGGAACUUAUUCCCCAGAAGCAAUUAAAAGAAGAAGCAGAAACCAUAAUGGAGCAUUUGAAGAAUUUGGUCCAGUAUACUGCUGAGUUGUACCAUGAGUUACAUGCCUUGGACAGGUUUGAACAAGAUUUCCGUCGUAAGCAACAAGAAGAGGAGAAUCCCAGUGCUCCUCCAAGAGGGGACAGCCUUGCUAUUUUAAGGGCAGAAUUAAAGAGUCAGAAGAAGCACGUGAGAAGUUUGCAAAAGAAGUCACUUUGGUCCAAAAUUUUGGAAGAGGUGAUGGAGCAACUUGUAGACAUUGUCCAUUUCUUACACAUGGAGAUUCAUACUGCUUUUGGAACUGCUGAUACACAAAAACCGUUAAAAAGCAACCGACAGAAAUUGGGAGCAGCUGGUCUUGCACUGCAUUAUGCUAAUAUCAUCACUCAGAUCGAUACACUUGUUACUCGGUCAAGUUCUGUGCCUCCAAGUACGAGGGAUGCUUUAUACCAAGGACUUCCACCUACUAUUAAGUCUGCAAUCCGCUCCAAGAUACAUUCUUUUCACCCAAAGGAAGAGCUUACGAUUCCCGAAAUUAAAGCAGAGAUGGAGAAAACUCUGCAAUGGAUUGUUCCAUUUGCAACAAACACAACCAAAGCGCAUCAUGGGUUCGGUUGGGUUGGAGAAUGGGCAAAUACCGGAUCGGAAGUGAACAGAAAACCAUCAUACCCAACUGACUCAUUACGAAUCGAGACACUCCACCAUGCAGACAAACAAAAAACAGAAGAAUGUAUUCUGGAAUUGGUGGUUUGGCUUCACCAUCUUGUGUGCCAAUCAAAAGCCAUAAAUGGGCCAAAUACAAUGAGAUCACCCGUUAAAUCCCCAAUCCGUUCCCCAAAUCAAAAGGGAACCCAACUCUCCACAACCCAAACCCAACCCACCUCCUCCUCGUUUCCUCCGGCGUUGACCAGCGAAGACCGGGAAAUGCUCCGGGAUGUAAGCAAACGGAAACUCACUCCCGGAAUCAGCAAAAGUCAAGAGUUUGACAUCAGAAGCAGCAGCAAUAGGCUCCUCAGUAAGCAUCAUCGAUUGACUAAAAGCAGUAGUCAUUCCCCGACUCGGGAAGAAGUUAAGCGAGACCCGUUUCCCAUUAAGAGACCAUCUUCCGUUCCAGUCAUCAACUUCCAUCUUGAUAGGAUUAAGGCCAUGGAUGUUAUCGAUGACAUUCCAACCGUCUGAAUGCUGCUCUAUGGAAUCCAGUUCAUGUUGCUUUCUUGGAUAGAUUUUCUUUUUCUUUUUGUUGUUUAGAGGUUGGUUUUGCAAAUGAGGAGGGUAAUUUAGUUGUUUUCACCAAAUUGUUGUAUGUACAGAAGAAAUCAUCUUUACUUUACUUUACUUUACUUUCUGUUUCAUAAUCUAUCUCGCCA